AUGGACAAAUACAAAAGAUCGGAAAUGCACGCAGGUUCCAUUCGUGACAGCAAGUUCUUCACAAUGGCAACGAAGUACUGUCUUGAUCUGUUCUGGGGCCGGUACGGCGGUGAUUGGGAGGCGACUUACAUGCGGUGGAGCAGCACCCUGGGGAUUCCCGACCUGGACAAGAACGCCUGGGCGGACUCCUGCCCCAAGGAUCCCGGAUACGAUGAGCUGGGCAACUAUAUGACGUACAACACGCCAGUCUGCUUUGCAGCUCUUGGUCACUUCACUGUUGAACAAGCACAGCGAGCGCAUUACCUGGCGUCAGAAUACAACCCUAUCAUGUACGCAUGGGGGCAAUAUUACUACUAUCUGGCUCAUCAUCAGGUUGAUGCGGAUUCCGCGCCUCAGCAGCAGCAACAAUCUGUGCACGUGAAGUCACUGCUGUCGCCUGAGGGCGCCAACGAUAUCAGCUGCAGGGAGACGGCGAACAGUGCAUGCGGCUGCAAAGAGGCCUGGCAAUACAAAGGCAAAUCGUAUUCGUUCUGUGAUAUCAUCAAGAGCGAUGAUGUCAUUUUGAGGUGCGAGGUCGCAAACCCCUGGACCUGCCCAGAAUGCAGCGCCCUGCCUAAGGGCCAACAGUGCAUCCUGACAUGUACCGAUCAAGUUCCCUCGCAAUGCAAGGUACGUCACCUAAAGGUCACAUCAUCUUUGCCAUGCGAUAUUGGUGCCGCCGUCGCCGGCUACGAGGUCUCGUACUACGUGCUCAAGGUUAGCGCGGUGGCAACGGGCAUGCCGUCGUGGGCAGUGCCCACGUGGGCAGUGCCCACUGGGCAGUGCCCACUGGGCACAACGGUUAUGGGGCGCCGACGGUUGGCACAACGGUGGGCACAACGGUGGGCACAACGGUUAUGGGGCGCCGACGGUUGGCACAACGGUGGGCACAACGGUUAUGGGGCGCCGACGGUUGUCACAACGGUGGGCACAACGGUGGGCACAACGGUUAUGGGGCGCCGAUGGUUGGCACAACGCCGAAUCUGCUUAGGCGUUGCUGAAUUGAAAACUCAUUCUCUAUACAUUCCUGAUUUUAUUCUCAUAGAGGCCUCUGGGCUUCAAUAUUGGGAAAAGCGUGCGCAGUGCAAUUCUGAUGCAAUGCCAAUUCAAAUCAAGCUCUUCACAAGCGUUUUGAGGCCGACCCUGGCUUUUUUGCUAGUCACAACAUUACCAGCAAAUGGUCAAUACGACAAAGCCGUUACACAGCAAGAUGGGAGCACGAUUGGUUUAAGCUCAUCGGGUGCCCUUCUCCCUUAUCUGACAACAUCUAUUUUGUAUACGUAUGCAUCUCAGCCCAGGAUGUGCAGCACCUCCCUGGUCGAGAAUUUAUAUGAGCUAUCGCAGGGGUUGUACGGCACAUCGACAUUGCAGGUGCCAGGACAGCCACAGGCCACAGCCGCCUGGCCCGACCUAACUGCUCUCUCUGAAGCUGACUUCACUGCAGCAGUCCGUGAUGCGCUGCUGCUGAGGGGCAGUGGGGGCGCCCAGCUGGCCGACGCAGCCGCGACCGUAUCAGGGCCCUGUGGACUGAGCAUAACCGAUUUUGCUGGACUAGUACCCCGCAUAUCCUCUGCCCUUAAACAGCUACACGCAGACCUGGUCGAGUUGCAAAGUAUUGCACAGCAGCGACUAACAUUCUCACAGCGAUUGCGCCCUCGGUCAUUUUUUGCUGCCACUGCACGGACCCGGCGGCGGGUUAAUGGAGAGGCACGAUCAUUGCUGGGGCAUAAUGACAGGCACCUUGCCGCUGGCAAGAAGGACAUGGAGACAGCAGAGGCUGCACUACGUCGUUCACUACAGGCCUCAGCUUCCAACCGUAUAUAUUCGAUGCCCCCAGAUGAUUUCACAAUACAGCCGCCGUCAAGCACACCCAAGGUCCUUGUUGGAAUGGUGUUUCACAUUCUGCAGUACACGGGCUCUGAUGGCGCUAUUGGGCCCCCGAAGUACACUCUGGCACCCCAGUAUGUGGAGCGUGCACUACGGCUUGUUAACUACAUGGCCGCACCAACCAAUUUCUCCUUCUUUGCCCAGGAAGUCCGCACCGAUGCAGAAAAGUAUCCGUACUUGUUGCUCAAGACGCGGAAAUCCUGGCUCUCGAUUGUGCUUGCGAACUGCAAUGGAAAAGGCUGCCUUCGAAGCUCAGACUUUGUGAACAGGACUGUGUCGGACUUCCCAAGAAGCAUUAAUAUCUACGUCGGCAGUGAUUCCACUGCACCCAUACACCGCAUCAUGGGGUACUCUUACUAUCCUUUAUCGGACUUGCAGCCUGACAACGGGUAUAUGUUCAUCGCCUGGGACCAGCUGUCGGUUGACGGUGCCAACUCGCCGGCGGCGUACAAUGACGGGGCCGUGACCAUCCUGCACGAGGCCUUUCAUGCACUUGGAUUGUGGCAUACCUUCUCUGAUGCUUCACCUGGCUGUACAGAUGGAGACCUCAUAAGCGACACACCCACCGUUAAAAGAAACAUUUUUAUGACGGACUUUAGGGGAAAGGCAGCAAGCUAUUGUCUUGAUCUGUUCUGGGGCCGGUACGGCGGUGAUUGGGAGGCGACGUACAUGCGGUGGAGCAGCACCCUGGGGAUUCCCGACCUGGACAAGAACGCCUGGGCGGACUCCUGCCCCAAUGAUCCCGGAUACGAUGAGCUGGGCAACUAUAUGACGUACAACACGCCAGUCUGCUUUGCAGCUCUUGGUCACUUCACUGUAGGGCAAAUGCAGUAUGCACAUGAAAUGACCUACAAUUUUAACCCCGUAAUGUACGCGUGGGGCCAAUACUAUGCUGCACACGCUGCGGCAGAGCAGCAGCAGCAGCAGCAGCCACCGCCACCUUCUGAAGCACCGAGACAUCCGUGCCAGGUGCGAGGUGGAAGAUCCCCCAUCCUGCUCUGCUUGCGGCACCAGCAACACCACCACAUGCCUCUUGAUUUGCCAAGGUACAUAUGUGCAUGUGUAAGGGUGAUCAGGGACAACAUGAAGGGGGCUGCCAGCACACUACUCUAG